GUUGUCGUGCGGCAAGGUCACUAGGAAGACAGGAUCGCAUCGACCUCCUUAUUAUAUCGCUCAAAAUGGCCUCACAAGUUUCCGUGUCUAGUCCGGCACCGAAACCGAAGAUUGACCUUUCCAAGAAACUUUCGGAACUUCGUGCGAGUAAAGCCAAGUCUCAGACGCCCUCCUCCCGCGAACCUGCUCCAGUCACCCCGCCUCUCCCCAGUGCUCCGGAUCUCUCCUCCCAUCAGUAUGCGCGCCCAGUGCGUCGGAUAUUAUCGAAGCAAGACCAUGACCUAUUCCUCUCCUCCUCAACCCAUACCUUGAUCCUCGCCUUCAUCUUCGGUCUCUCCGAUUCAGUGCGGGGGCGGGCAACCACGGAGAUCGGCAGCCCUUCCCCCAUCAUCACCAAGAUUCAGUCUAUAGUAUUCCAAAUCCGAUCCCUUCUCGAGACACACCCGUCACUCGACCAAGGCGGCUCGCGGUUCGGUAACCCAGCUUUUCGCGAUCUAUUUGACGAUGUCGCAACACAAAGUGCGGCGUGGCACAAAGAUAUACUCGGGUUUCAAGAUCAAGCACUCAUAGAAGAAGCUUCGACCUAUCUAAUUAACUCGCUCGGGUCGCGCGACCGACUAGACUACGGUUCAGGUCACGAACUGAACUUCAUGAUGUGGUUGCUGUGUCUACGUCAGGUGCACUUAUUCUCCGCCACGGACUUCCCUGCGAUCGUCUUCCAUGUAUACGUGAGCUACAUGAACCUCAUGCGUGAUAUACAAACCACUUACUACCUGGAACCUGCUGGAUCACAUGGAGUGUGGGGUCUCGAUGAUUAUCAUUUCCUGCCGUUCCUCUUCGGUGCCUCCCAGCUCGUUGCACAUCCCUACAUCACGCCGUUGGCAAUUCACAACAUGGCAGUUCUCGAGGAGGAAAGUGGCAAAUACAUCUAUCUGGAUCAGGUCCGAUGGGUGGAUAGCGUGAAAACUGUAAAGGGAUUACGGUGGCACAGCCCAAUGUUGGAUGACAUAUCAGGAGCCAAGAAUUGGAGCAAAAUCGAGAGCGGCAUGAAGAAGAUGUUCGCCAAGGAGGUUUUGGGCAAGCUUCCCAUCAUGCAGCACUUUCUGUUCGGUAGCUUGUUGCCGGCAGCUCCCGGGAUGAGGGAGAUCACGGAUGAUAUGGAAGACGAUGAGCACGACCACGAGCAUGGCCACGACCACAACCAUGCCGACCACACAGAUUACUUUGGGGAUUGCUGUGGAAUCAAGGUACCCAGCACAAUUGCAGCAGGUGCUGAAAUGCGAAAGCGAGGAGGCGGAUCCGGGCUGCGCCCGAUUCCCUUCGAUUGAUGUGCAUAUGUUACGAUGGAGUUUCGGGAUGGGAUAAAUGGAUUAUAGAUGCUGGACUCGACAUGAGAAUCGCAGGGCAUCAAGGAAACAUACUAGAUAUCAAAUUAAUAAAGCAAACAGAACAUGCGAAAUCCUGCUAUCACCCUGUGUUAA